AUGAAAGCUGAAGUACUGUAUCCCGACUCGGUUGCCUUCCAGGCUCUAACAUUACCUAAGGCCCCUGCUGACGAGUACCAGCUUUGCUUCCAGACGAACCUCAUCCUUGAGUCUGUCCCCGUGAGCUCAACCUGGAAUUGGGAUGCCGUCGACUCUCAACUUCUGACUUCUCUGCCGGCUUCCUCUUCUGAGCGUAUGCUACCAUCCCAGAGGCUGGUGCCUUGA